AUGUGCGAGCACUGCGACAAUAAUGGCACAGAUUCCAUCUGUGGAGUCAAAAUCACCGAGUACGUUCGCGCCGCCCGCGAUGGAGAGACACUCGCUCUGAAGCUGUGCCUGGAGCUUCAGGCAGUUGUUUUGUUCCUACUCCAUGAGCAUAACCAGACGCCCGAUGGUUGGUGUGACAGCUGGAACCGUGUCUGCGACUCAAUUUGGGUAAAGUCUGGGCUGAACUUUGACUUUCCCGAGCCCGCUGCGACUCAUUUGUUGGAUGCCUUCAUCGAGACAACAGGGACCCUUCUCUUUGACGCUGCAGACCGAGGCGCGUUUGUCCAAGUACAAAAUGGGCCCCAGGUGCGCUACCUCUGGGACAACAAGAUUGUGGCUCGACACUUUGGGAGUCCCGAUAGUGUCCGCGACUGGAUUGUUAGCAAGACAAGCCCGACCACUCCGAAGAGUAUCUUGAAGCGGACUAGCCAGGACGCUCCUGGAUCAGCUCACGGUGGGCGGCAUGGCCACCAACUCCAGCAGUCUUUGAUCAACCGUGUUGGUGCGACAGAGGCUUCCCAUGAUCUUGGUAUUCAGGAUCCAAAGCACUUGCUGGCUUCAUCCACAGGGAAUAGCUUCAGCCAUCGUGAUCGGGCUCAGACAGCUCCGUCCACACCGGCUGGCCAUAUAUCGGCAUCAAGUCCCAGUAUUCAGAGACGCAACCACCGUGCGGCACACAGUCUAUCAGGUGGGCUCUCAUCAUCCAUUUACGCCCCAUUGCCCUCUUUCCACCUUCGACAUGGAUCGCACAGCAGGAGCACCUCGGCGGCUGAGGACUUUUUGGUCGGGAAGCAGAUGCUAGAGGAAGAGAUUGGACGCGAGGGAAGGGGAUUUGGAACGCCCUCUACUUCGUCCGCAUCCUCGUUUAUGGCAGAUCUUCCACCUUGGCCAGGAAUCACGCCGUCAGCUUCCAGGAUGCUGAAGGAGACCAGAGCUGCCAGCGGGGGCCUGGAACAGUCGUCCUCGGAGAGUCGAGGCUCACACACUACAUUUCAGGCACCCCCGACAUCAAACUCGACCCACGACGCCCCCUCCCCUUCAGCAGGCCCAUCGUCCCCAUUGGUCUGGCGAACGCAGCUCUCUCCAGGUUUGAUGCGGCAGACCCCACGCUCUGUUGACUCAGGGGCUACCCACACUCUCUCAAGCCCCGCUGGUCAGGUCAUCCAUGAGCCAUCUGGUGCUCAGUCUGGGGAGCACCAUCCACUCCAAGCCAUUCCAGAGGUCAUCAAGUUACAGCAGCAUCCUCCCGGUGCACAGCCUCGGAAUUGUUCUCAGUCGGACCAGGUCCCCCAGAUCUCACAGCCCGGGCCUGAGCAUUCAUUCACAGCACCGAGCGCCCCUCGAUCUGGAUCUGCAGCUGCGUUUGUGCAGCUACCCACACAGAACGCUGUUACCCCUGGUAUGGCAGUCUCAAACUCCUCGUCUGUUGCGAAGCUCAGCCGCUCUGCCCACAUUGCUCCAGAUGCCACUAGUAGUGUAUCUGCUCAUGACAUGCUUUACACCCGCAACAAGCUUGAUGUCGUCUCCAACCCAAAUCGUCCGUCCAGAGCCAGCACACCGACAACCGUCGUCUGCAGCCAGAGCACUCCGCAUGCCAAGAGUCAGGUUACCGCCAAGGAGGAACCAACGGAACAGGCUCUCAACUCUGCGGUUGGGGCAUUGAGACUGGAUUCAGCUCCGGCUCUAGAUCUUGCGUCAACCAACUUUCAGGAGGAGCAGAGAGUGAAGCAGAGGCCUAUCAUGGUGCCAGCGCCUCGGGCUCUCACAACCACCCCCCUGGAGGACAUGAACGUACAAGUCCCCAUUCAGCGCGAUGAUGGAGCUUUGCCCAAGAGCGGCGUCCAACUUUCCGUAGAACUUGUUACCUGGCUUGAAAACUACGUGCCAUCUUCCUCUACCGCCAACGAAGCGCAGCUCCUUGCUUGGCGGGAUGAGCUUUGCCGCGCCAACGCAAGAGUUCAGCAUGAGCUAGACAGGUGGAUGCGAGGGGGCCGGAAUGUCUUGCCCCAUCACACGGAUGGGUAG